CCAUAAGACUGUGAAGAUGAGUUCCAGUGAAUAUCACCGUGUGAUGGAAGAAGGCCUAACCAGGAUCAUCAGAUGUGGUAUAUGCCGGGAGCGGUUCCAUACUCCUAAGAUCCUCCCGUGUCAUCACACAUUCUGCUGUGCUUGUCUAGAAGGACUCAGCAGCAGUGGUGAGAUCGUAUGCCCAGAGUGUAUAUCUAGCCAUCAGUUACCGACCACAGGCGAAAGUUUCCCAGAUGAUACCAAGAUUGCCGCCCUACUUGAGCUGGAAGAGCGGUGGUUACUUGGGAUACAGGAAGCCCGACCGGGCGACAACUCAGGUGAACUAAUGUCACUCAAAGCAGAAUUCCAUCGGCUUAGGGCAAACGUGAAUGAUUUCAACAAGUGUGUUGAUUUGUGGGACCGAGUCCAGCAGUCUUCAGGGGAGGACAUUGCUGGGAUAAGUAACGGGAAACAGAUUGAGAGUGCUGUGACCCUACUGAGAAGGCGAAGAAGACUCUUGCAUCAGAAGCUGGACGAGUUUUUAAAGGAGGAAACCGCAGCUAUCCAAGCACGGGCUAUGUGUGAGUAUAACCGGGCCGGAGAGUACUGCUCAUUUGUGGAGAGCAGAUUACAAGACUUUGAAAAUCACCCUGAUAGAGAAGAGUUGGGUCACAUGAGGGGACAGUGUGCGGCAAUUUCACAUCAGACCAGCAAGCUGUUGAAUAGCGUAUGUGAACAGACUGCAAAGAUGCCCUUAAAGAUCAUCAAGGCAACGGAUGCCCAUCGCCCGCCGAAGACGUUCUAUGGAAUCGAUGUUGCCGUCCAGGCGUAUAUGGAGGACGAUCUGAUGAGAAAAUUUGAACGGUCACAGAAUCUCCCUCCCAUCGGCUACGUGCCUCCGUUAAGAUCAAGGAGAAGCUCUACUGACAGUAACUCUACAAUUUGCAGUCGUAAAAGUUCUGUGGCUCUUCCGUCGUAUAAUCCUAAAUUCUUUGGCAUGGAUCAAGUUCCUAAGAAAAUCCGGCAGUACGGGGAUAUACACAAGAUGAAAGUGUUCGGGAAAAGUUGGUUUCAAGGUGUUAAGAAGCGACCGAACGGUGGUCCAGCUGGUUUGGGUGUUGUCCGAGACAACCUUGUCGCUGUCACUGACUCAGUAAAUGGUUGUAUCAGACUGUGUACAUCUUCGGGGUUGUCUCCAAGACGGCUCCUCACACACGAUGGGAUCUUCUCUAAUUUCGGCAACCCUCAAGCAGUGUGUGUUGAUUUGCCACAUCGUCAUCUUUACGUCACGGACAAGGACAGUGCAUGCGUUGUGGUCCUUGACAUUGACACUGGUGAAGAUGUUAACACCAUCACGUGUGCUGGUCAUCGACCAAUCGGUAUUGCCCUCGAUUCUGAUUCGGACACGUUGUACAUCUGUUGUGAUGAGACCCAUUCAGUGGUCAUGUACCGUACCGACGGCACACUCGUCGGGCAGAUUGGGGAGCGAGGAAGGGGGCCUGGGCAGUUCCUCCACCCGCACUCUUUGGCCAUUAGCCCAGAAAACCGACUGUGGGUGACGGACACCAAUAAUAAUCGUAUACAGGUAUUCUCUCUGUCUGGUAAAUAUAUCAAAGCCAUUGGGUCUAAAGGGAGUGGACAAGGACAGCUCAACCACCCCAAAGGGUUAACCAUUGAUGACCGUGGAUUCGUUCUAGUAGCUGACACGGGAAACCAACGGGUCCAGAUCUUUGAUUCCCACGGCAAAUCGGUGUUGGUCUUCGGCAGAGAAGACGGACCGGUGACAGGAGGGCAGAUCAUCAAGGCGCAUGGGAAGGGUAUAUUCUCACAUCACAACGGCGGUCCCGUUGGGGUUGCGACUACAGGAUCUGGUGCCACGAGGGGAAAGGUUUUUGUGAGCUACCAAGGGGAUUCAAGAAUUGUGGCCUAUCUUGUACAGUACCAGAAAAUGCCAUAGCACUUCUUUCGAAUAACUCAUCGCAAUAGUCACGAUCGUUUCGUCUUCUAUAUAAGCCAUUAAUAAAUUGACUUUA